AUGUCUUCAGUUGAAGUAGCAAAGAAAGCGCUUGAGAGUAUCAUAUUAAAUCCAAAAUAUGCCGAUUUGCUUGCGGUGGUGAAAGCUGCUCGCAAUGGCGCAGUAUACGGCGCCAAAGUUCGUUUUCCACAUGCACUGGUUAUGAUAUUUCUGUUCCGCUCGGGCACUGUACAAGAGAAAUUAAGCCUCAUACUUAAAGCGACGCAAACGCAUGCGCGAAACUUAGCAAAAUAUGCUACAGUAUACAAGUUGACGAUGUUGAUGUUGAAGCAUAUGGGAUCUAAUCCGGGCAAAGAAGGACCAUACGACACCUUUUUUGCAGGAUUAUUUGGAGGAUACCUUGUCUUUGGACGGAGAUCGAAGAGAGGACAUGUCUCGAGUGUGAGCAAGCAGAUUGUGAUAUUCGUGUUUGCGCGAGUCUGCUUAUCGCUUGCGAAACUAUCAGUACAGCCUGGGGCUGGUAUUAUUAAGAGCCACGAGCUAUCGAAACGAAUCUCACACGAUGCAUGGCCUGUCUUUGCGGCGCUGAGUUGGGGCUCUGUGAUGUGGCUUUUCAGAUGGUAUCCCGAAACGGUACAGAGUGGGCUGAGAAGUAGCAUGGAUUAUAUCUAUGUACAAAGCGACCACUGGGAUAGUUUACGAAACUUUAUCAUACACAACAAAUGA